AGACAAGAAAGCAGUAGACAGCUUGCUCUAGACUGAAAACGAAACGCCAUCUUGAAUAUAAAGGGGGGUUUAAAACCGGGACAAAACAGAAAAAGGGGGCAUUGGAUGAGAUAAACUGUUAUUUUUGUCUGUGUCUAAAUCCUCCCGGGUUUCCCUUGAACAGUUCUAGUUAUGUCUUUGGGCGUUUAUAACAAAAUAAAGGCGCAUACGUGAGGAAAUCGGCAAGGCACUUGUUAGCCUCUACCCAGCUAGCAAGGGGGAGGAGAGGGGGCUUGAGGCUUAUUUUUUUCCGCAGCCGAAGUUGUUUGUUUAUGUUAUUCCAAACGGACAUGUCCUCUUCAAACCCAGAGUUACCAGACCCAAAUCUGGGUAUGGGGGCAAGUGGGACCCAAGGAAGUGGCAGUGCUGUUGUACCAAAAGGGACCAACAAAAGACCUGCGCCAGACUUUGACGACGAUGAUGAUGAUGAAGGAAACAAGUUGUUCAGGUGUGACGAUGAAACAGGAGGCGGUAAUGACAAAGAGCGCUUUGCCAGGUUUUUGGAAGAAGAUCAGAGUUGUGCAGAUAAGGAAAAACAAGCCAGGGAGAACCACAGUGAGAUUGAGAGGCGGAGGAGGAACAAGAUGACUGCCUACAUCACAGAAUUGUCAGACAUGGUGCCCACCUGCAGUGCACUAGCACGGAAACCAGACAAACUAACCAUCCUGCGAAUGGCCGUGUCCCAUAUGAAGUCUCUGAGAGGAAGUGGCAAUACCAACUCAGAUGGGUCGUACAAACCUUCCUUUCUCACUGACCAGGAACUGAAGCACCUCAUCCUGGAAGCAGCUGACGGCUUCCUGUUCGUGGUGUCAUGUGAGACUGGCCGCAUUGUUUACGUCUCUGACUCCCUGACACCCGUCCUCAACCAGGCGCAGUCUGAAUGGCUCGGCUCCUCCCUUUAUGAUCAGCUUCACCCAGAUGACACAGAAAAGCUCAGAGAGCAGCUCUCUACUGCCGAGAAUAACAACACGGGGAGGAUGUUGGACUUGAAGACGGGAACAGUGAAAAAGGAAGGCCAGCAGUCGUCAGCCAGAAUGAGUAUGGGAGCCCGUCGAUCAUUCAUUUGCAGAAUGAGGUGUGGCUCUUGUCCCGUGGAACCGUUGUCCAUGAACAGACUGAACUUCCUUAAGAAUAGAAACAGGAAUGGUUUGGGUACAGCCAAGGAAGGGGAGCCCCAGUAUGUUGUGGUCCACUGUACAGGAUACAUAAAGUCCUGGCCCCCUUCAGGAGUAUCUUUAACAGACGAUGAAUCAGAAAACACUCGGGGGAAUCGCUACUGUCUGGUUGCAAUUGGGAGAUUACAGGUGACUUGUUGCCCAGGUGACACAGACAUCAACAGUAUCAGUGUUCCAGUGGAGUUCAUCUCACGCCAUAACUGCCAGGGCAUGUUCACCUUCGUAGACCACCGCUGCAUGGCCGCUGUCGACUACCAGCCCCAGGAAUUAUUGGGGAAAAAUAUUCUCGAGCUCGCCCACCCUGAAGACCAGGGCUUACUGAGAGACAGCUUCCAACAGGUGGUGAAGCUGAAGGGGCAGGUUCUGUCAGUGAUGUUUCGGUUUCGCUCCAAAUCGAGAGAAUGGAUCUGGAUGAGAACCAGCUCCUUCACCUUCCAGAACCCGUUUUCAGAGGACAUUGAGUAUAUCAUCUGUACCAAUGUCAAUGUCAAUAGAAACUCGACUCAGGACCCCCUCACUCCCAUCUCCUCCCCAGGGGGUUCGCUGCCCCCCUCCCUGGGUCAGAGCAGCCCAAACUGCCCUCCUGUAAUGCUCAGCCCUGGACAGGUUGCUGCCAGGCAGUUACAGCAGCAGCAGCAGGCCGAGCUAGAGGGAAGUGGAGCCAGAGAUGGUCUGUAUGAGGCAGGACCAAUCACCCUCUCACAGUUUGGUGGUCCCCAGAUGUCGGUGCAGCCAGUGAUGGCGGCAGUGCCAGACCACAGCAAGAGCCUUGAGAAGCCAGAGCUCUAUCCUUCUCUUUUCCAAGGCCCAGAUCAGACCAAGGGCCUGCCCUCCACCUCCAUUGCCACCACACAGAUCUACCCUCCAGCCAAUAACUUCGCUGCUGGUCGUUCCAAUGAUGCAUACAGGCCAGUCAACAUGACUCCACAGAUGGUACAGCCAGCCCACUCAGCAGGGCAGAUGCUUGCUCAGAUGUCUCGUCAGAAUGGCGCCCCCCAGUCAGUUCCCCCCUCUAGCACUGGCAGCCCCCUCCAUGGAGGACCAGCAGGAGGAUGGCCUGGAGCUGUAGCUGGUGUUAGACCACAGUUUAAUAACCAGCAGGUGGCUCCCCAGGCAGCAAAGACUAUGUCUCCACAGUUUGCUCCCAUGGGAGGAUUUGGUGGUGGUUCUUCCAACUCUUUUGGCCAGAUGCCUACAGGUGCUGCUCCCACCCCAACCAACAAUGCAAACUACCCGCCCAUUAAUGCACGUGUCAGCCUCAGCACCAAUGGUUAUGAUGGCUCUCAGUCUGGGGCACAGUUCCCCUCUCGAGCAGCGGAGGCAGUGUGGCCCCAGUGGCAAGGCCAGCAGCACUCGCAGAGUAAUGCAGAGCAGCAUCCUCAUGCUCAGGGCAACCAGCAAGACAUGUUUCCUGAUGUGUUGUCUAUGCUGGAUCAGCCUGCCAACUUUAACGGCGAUGACUUUGAGAUUCCCAUCUACCCUUCAUUCGGCCAGUGACCUGGUCAAUACUUGUCAGCUGGUCUACCCCUUUGUCUUCUUGAGUGUUUUUGCCCUCACUCUUUCUUAUUUUAUAUAGCUCUUCUGCUCUUCUUUUCUUCCUGCUCCUGAGAGUAGCACUCUUCCCUUGCUUUGCAUGGCUUAAAUUGCACUGCCACAAGCCAGUUAAAGAUGGAGGGAUAUAUCUGACUGUAGAUAUAAAGGGGAGGAAAAUCAAGGAUUUGCUACUGACUAAAAGAUAAUUAUUUUAACAAUAUUCAAGCCAUUGUAAGCGAAUUCUCUAACUAGCACUGCCCAAAGCUAAACACAGGAAGUAAACAUAUACACACCACGGCCUUUUAUUCUAAUGUGGUUCUAGUUUUUCUCAGGCAUUGAUGGAAAGUGUAUUUAGCUGUUAACCCUUUUAGCAUGUAGACUAAUCACUCCAAUCGUUGAUUUAAACUCUCAGGAAAUUGCAGGGAUAUACAGCUUUGGUGAUUUCAUUUCCAAUUCUCAGCUGUUGCACGCAAACCACCACUGUCUGUGCUAACCUCACUCACAGUUUUAAAUCCACAGCAUGUCUCUGCAUGUCAGCACCGCUUUCAUGAAGCGCUUCUACAAUGUGUAGAUUUAUACUUACUGAGUACAGUUUUCUAUGUACAUUGAUGGCUUCACUUAUACAUUUAAUUAUUUUGUGUAUCCUCUUAAGGAACAUGUGAGGUUUUUUCUUCAUUGAAUGAUGUCCUUUAACAACAACAGACGCACAAUGUUACAAUGGCUACAUACUGUUGGUCUGUGUACCUAUUGUAAAUGUAUACAAUCUAUUUUUCUUUGCCUACAUUAACAUAUAUACAGUAUGCAUGUGUGUAUGUAUGUAAAAUGGAUGCGUACAGUAUCAUUAUCAGCUGUAACACAGUCGUAGGGUUUCUGACUCGCUUGAUAUUCUUCUUUCUGUCGCCCUGCAUUACCCUGUACCAAGUAUGGGCUUUUUGUACUCCUUUUUGUAAAAGAUAUCACACAGCAAUAAUUAACAAGCAGGAAUUGUGUACUUUUUAAAGCCAUUCUUUAUUUGUUGUCAUAAAUGUUUUCCUUGAUUACUGUUAUUUUAAAAUGGAGAGGUGUGAUAGUAAUGUUUGAUUUAAAGGAGAAUUCCGGCCGAUUUUUACCUGAAUUUUGAUCGCUAGAUGUCUCCGAGUACUGUCGAUAGAGGG